GCAACGUACAUACGACAUUUCAACUUCAAUUAGUUAUAAAUGCAAAUAAAAGCGAUUCGAAUCCAUAGUGAUGUGCAACAUACGAUAAUAUAGGAAAAACUUGGACAACAAAAGUAGUACAAAAUCAGUAACAGUCAUCUAUGAGAUGAAACGGCCUAACCAUUGAAUAGGCAAAGAGAUAGUGAAUAAAAUGUAAUCUAACUCAAGGGGUGUAAGAAGACACCGUCCCAUGCAACGCUACAUCAGAGAAGGGACAUAUGUUCCCAUCAUCCUGUUUAGCGUCAUCCUUACAACGUGCGCAUUUCAAGUCAAUCAUAGACCACUUACACCUUAUGGAGCAAUAUAUGGCCAAGCAGAAGGAGUAAAAGUACCCAACCUAGGGCCAAUCGUAAAGGGAAACAAGGUACAGGCAGAUGGAUAUGUAGUAGAAUGCAGAGGUGGAACGUCAUACGUAGUACAGAUAGCUAAUUCAUAUAAGACUGUGCUAUGUGAACUAGGAGGUACACUAUACCGCAAACGCAAGCUGUUGACAAUAAAUACCAAAGUUAAAAUAGAAAUGCACAUAUUCGCACCAGAUAGAGGUAGAAUUGUACAGCGUUUAGACUCUUUAGAAGAAUUGUUAUCAGCAUCUAAAGUGAAGCGAUAGUUGAAACAAAUAAUUGCAGAAGUAAUG